AUGAUUUCUAAGGUUAUAAUAUUCUUUCAUGUCGUCUUCGUCGGAGUAGUCUUAUACCUUACCAUUAAGGUCUUACGCGACGAGGACAAUGAGAAGCAAGGCAUAGUGCAGAUCUUAUUGCGUGACCAGGAAAAGCGGUUCGUGCCUGUCCCAGACAUCGUCGACUCCGUAGGCGCCGUUGCAACCGUCAUUAAGAGUGCAGCUUCGAGCCUCGCAACAUCUGCUAUUGCUGCGGGCGAGUCUUUGAUAACGGAAAGCCUUCCGUCCAGCAUCUCAAUAGGGACAAAAUUUGCCUGCAUAGGAUCCGAAUGCACAGCGAUUCCGGGUUCCGGGUUUCAACUGGGCGAGAGUCUGGCUGUAUUCGUCCCUUCUGCCGAAAAGAUCCGGGAGCUUGAAGGAUUUGUAAACAAAAGCCCGAAUUUUGAGACUAUUCUGUCGGUUGGACUAGGUCUGGUCUUAAUCUCUGCGAUAUCACUACUCGCAAGCCUCAAAUUCAGACCACUUAGAUUCGCAGCCCUGGGAUUGAACAUUGUUGCCACAGUUCUAUAUCUUACGUUAACAGUGUUCACUGUGUUGAUAUGCGAAGCAUCUCGAACUGUGGGGGACCUACUCAAAGCUCGGACAGAGCGAGGUGAUGUGUUCGAGACGUCGAUCGGGAAUCUCGUCGUUGGUGUAUGCAUGUGCGGCAUGACCCUGGCGUAUAUGUUUUUUUAA